AUGCAUUUAGAACUGACGUCAUGCACUUCUCUUGCGCUUGCGCUAAGACAGGCUUGGCAGCUAAGCAAAACAAGGCUCGGAUUCUUAGCUUUGCCGUGUGGGGAGGUUUACAAUGAAUAUACCAGGAGGAUUUCUGCCGGUUUUAAUUCAGCAUGUUUCCUUUUUAAUGGUACAAAUAUAGAAAUUUCGAUCAAAUAAUAGAGAUCAAAAUGCAAGAACUAGAGAGGUGGCCUAUUUUCAGUCUCCUGAAUGAAGAGUUUUUGGUAGCUGUAAGAAUAGCGUGUGUUUUUGGAAACUCAGGAAAUGAAGCGAUUGUUGUCACGAAAGACGAUGAUGUGUUCGCGCUAGGAUCAAAUGGAAGCAGUUGUCUUGGAGUUGGAGAUGCUCAGAGUUGUCUUCAUCCCAGGAAAGUAGAAGCCUUGUGUAAAAAGAAUGUGGUGUCCCUGGCAUAUGGCAGUGGUCCUCACGUCCUUGCAGUGACAGGUUACUUUUUUAUACUGUCUAGAAGUAACAAAGAUAUUAUGUGCCUCUGAUCUAAAUCAAUUUCUUAAAUUUCCAAACUCGUUUGGGUAGAUUAUGCUAAAAAAAGGAAUUUUUCUCUCUUUGCUAUUUAUAAUACUUUCUAGAUCGUAAAUGAAAUUUGAGAAUUCUCAAGGAAAUCCCAAAAAGACUAAUGUUUAAACCAUAAAUAUCCCAUGCUGAAUAUUAAAAUAAGCAACAUUACUGUAAUAAUUCAAAUCAAGGUGAAUCUCUCUUGGAAAAAUGCUACGUUUAUUGACUUGUGUUUACUCAUGUUAAGAAUUAUUUGCAAUGGUCAUAUCCUCAAAACAACUGAUGGUGAACUGAUUAAGUUGGAAAAUGCUUGGUCAGAGUUUGUCACCAUAAACAUUCCAAAGCCAUGAAUUUGUUACCAACUAAACCUACCCCACCCUUUAAACUGGGAGAAGCUUUGAUCAUUACAAUUGCUAUGCCUCACUUUCAUACAAAGUUCAAUGACAGUGCUUUCAAUAAGACCUGGCACCCACUGGAGCUCUGGCAGGUAUUCUGCUGUGAAUCGCUGGGUAUACUUUGGAAGCUUUCAAGCAGACUCACAAAGUGAGACCUAAAACACCACAAGAUCUUCUAGAGUUAUUUCAUUCAAGUUUUAUCUUUUUAAAUGAGUUUUGAUAAAAAUGAGAGAUAUUUUCUUAUCCUGAAUUCCAGCAUACAUUUCAUACAUUUCCAGUGAAAAAAGAUUUUGAGUUUCCAGCAAUGUACUGACUCAAAUUUCAGAGGACUUUUUAUGUGAAACUCAGGGAGCAGGCUUGUGUGUCUGCAAGUGGAAGAUUUUGAUCAGAAAUAAAACAAUUAAUGAAACAAUUGUUAUAAAGGAGACGAAAAUUUAAUAAUCAUCUAUGGAAUUUUUACACUGAAAACUCUGUUUAGCUUAGUUUGUUCUGAAUGGAAGUAAUGGGAUAAUAAGGGGAAUAUUCUCUGGCAGGUGCUUUACCAAGGUAGCCACCUUCCUCAAAUCUUAUUGAAAGCACUGAAUGACCCUCAUGAUGACCCUGAUGAUGGUCUGGAGAUUUGGAGACUCUUUUAUCUUCUAAAUAGGAUUUUAUCCUGUAUUAUAAUCUUUCAGGAGAGAGUAGUCCAUGAAAAGAACUGUUGUCAGCAGUAGUGACAGAUGUUUUGACAUUGUGAAGGGAAGUGACUGUCAGAUUCUAAUGAUGACCUCUGAUGAUGACUUCUGCUAAGGGUGUCAAAAUGUAUGUGGCUACCAUGGAAAAAUAGUCCUUCUCAUGACUAGUCCCACAAGGUCUAUCAGAUUACAAGAUCAAAAAAACGUUACUGGUAGGUUUUAAACAUUUGCUGAAAUACGUUUUCUAUGUGUUUUUGUCUUUUUUUAGAAGCAGGUGAAGUAUUUACCUGGGGUCAUAAUGGCUACAGUCAACUUGGAAAUGGAAACACAAACCAAGGUUUAAUCCCAUCACCUGUCACUUCUGGACUACAUACGAAAAAAGUUUUUCAAGUGGCCUGUGGUAGUCAUCACUCUCUUGCACUUACUGUAGAAGGAGAGGUAGAGUCAGAAUGGAAAAUUGUCUUUUUUACUUGCCAGUCAGUAGCUCAUGUUUUUGGAUUGCACUGAUAAGUAUUUCUGUCUGAAAUUGUAUGACAGGUGUUUGCCUGGGGAUACAAUAACUGUGGACAGAUAGGUACUGGAAACACAAACAAUCAGACUGUACCCAGAAAAAUAAAUUCAGCAAUGAUAGGUUAGUAAAUGAUCUCUAUAGUGUUCCAGGCUGUAAAUGUUUUGGUUGCUAUAGCUGCUAAAAUAAAUUCAGUAGCCAAAUUUGCGGUGUGAGGUGCCAAUAUGGUGACUUGUGAUUGUCAGUCAUUGUCAGCAAGUAUUAAAAUUAUGUAUUGUAGUUUCUAUGGUCUGUAAUCAAAGCUAGGUAAACAAAUUCUUAAAAUGUUUCACAUUUUCAUUUUUAUAUAGGGACAAAAAAGAUAAUUGUAAUUGCUUGUGGUCAGACAUCUUCUAUGGCUUUGUCAGAUGCUGGAGAGGUAAGAGUACAUAUAUUCUUACUUUCACUAAAAUUGUUUAGAAAAUAGACAGAGUACACAUCAAAUUUUGUAAAAAUAAUGUAGUUUUAUCAACUGAGUUGAUGACGUAAGUUGAUUACCCUGAAGAGUUUUUAAAGCUGAAGUUUUGGGCAUUAGCCCUUUAUUAUAUUGCAAGUUUGUUCUUUUUUGUUGCAGCUGUUUGCUUGGGGUUACAAUGGCAAUGGUCAGUUAGGAGUUGGUAACAAUGCUAAUCAGCUGACACCAUGCAAAGUUAUUGGACUUGUUGGAACAAUCACAACACAAGUAUGAAUGAACAUAAACUGAACAGUAAAUUAUGAUGAAUUAGAUCAAAAACUUAAUCCUUUCAAGAAUUACACCUACUAACUAUUUAAUGAAAUGAUGUUUUAGAUUGUAUGUGGUUAUGCCCACUCACUGGCUCUAUCAGAUGCUGGAUGUCUGUAUGCCUGGGGGGCUAACUCCUAUGGACAGCUUGGAACAGGGAACAAGGCACACUUAGUCACACCAACCAAGAUAGGGUUGGAUAAAGGAAGGUAUGUAAUCAUGUUGUUUGAAGUAUUUUUUAUAUGACAGGUCAUUUAAGAAUUGUGUUGACCCAGUGGUUAAUGUGCUGGACCUCAGAUUGAGGAUUUGAAUGCUUUUCUUUUUAAUCAUUGACACUUGCUAGGUUUGUUGAAGUUGCUGCUUGUCAUUACAGUCAUUUAUCAGCUGCUAUGACAGCCACAGGAAAGGUAUGCACUGUUUAUGUUAGUACACCCUUUGUACAAUCACCUUUAGGUAAUAGUUUACAAAGUUUUUCUACUCAUGAAUCAGUAUAUCCCAGCAGGGCUCCAAGCUCAACUUUUUCCAUUGUCACCAAUUGUUUUCCUAAGUUGAUUGAAUGGUAGCAGCCAGAAAUGUUAUUUUACUCCUAGGAAAACAUUAUUUUCUGACAGAUAUUUCUUAAGUCCUUUGAACACUGAAAUUAGGCAAAAGUGGCUGAAAAAAAAAACCAAACAAACUUUAGGGUCAAAAAGCAGACAAAAGAGCCCAAAAACUGAAAGAAGGGUACAAAAUGAGACAAAGGUGUCCAAACACAGAUUAUAACAUCUAAACUCAGACAGAAAUGUCUGAAAGAUUUAAAAUAUUGUCUGAAAUCAAAUGUUGGUGUCCGAAAUAGCAUGGAAAUGUCUGAAAAUAGACAGUGGCAUCCAAAAUUGGACAGAGAAGUAUUCAAAAUUGGAAGGUAGUGCUCUGAAGCAGACAGAUGAGUCUGAGAAUGAAUGAUUGUGAUGAAUUUCAGAUGACAGCAUCCUGCAUGAUAUGGUAGUGUCAGAAAUUGUUUAGACCACCAGAAUAGCUGCAACUUGAAGCCUUCCUUAUAGGGUUUUGGAAUUGCUUGGCAAGAACCUGGCAUUAGGGAUUGUUCAUUGUCUAAUGGAUCCUCAAAGAGGUGGAACCUUUUACGUGACUGCACAAGAACAUAGGGUCCUUUGAAAAUAGGAAGCUGCUAUCAAAAAAGUUUUCCAUUUAGCUAUAAUUUUCAAAUUGUUAAUAUCUGAAUAAUCUUUUAAAAACUAAUUUCCACUGCCUUAUAGGUCUUUAUGUGGGGUCAGUGUCGAGGGCAGGCUGUCACAAGUCCUAUGGAAACAAAGUUUACCAGAGUUGACACCACCUUUGCAUGUUUUGCCUCCCCACAGUCGAUGGCAAGACCUCUUAUUGUUGGUUAGUAACAAGUCAGUUGUACAAAUUAUUACUAAUAACAGUAACUGUAAGUCAGAGUUUGUUUGAACAAUGGUAAGUCACAAUGCCAUUAUUCAAUAACCUUGGGAUGUUUUGUGAAUAAUCUGGCAACUUUAUUGUCUUUGCCCCAUUAUCUUCAGACCAGGUUCAGGAAAAGAGAGUUGAACAGAGUGUUAGAGAUGCAUUUAAUGAUCAGGUAUCGUCUUCAUAUCAUGGGUGCGUACUCCACCAAUGUAUCAAACAGUAGCUUGUAUUACUUUUAUUUUGUUCAUUGUUUUGGAACUUUAACGUUUAAAAUUCUUUAAAUCGAACCUACGAACCUGACCGAAUCCGAGCAUAUAAGCCUUGUAGAGAGGGAAUGCUCGUAAUAUGGUUAAUAAAUAAAUUAAUAAAUAAACACAUAAAUAAAUAAAUAAAUAAAUAAAAUAGUCGUUUAAUUAAUCAUCAGACAUAUCAGUUUUACUGUGUCGUCUAUUUGUAACAGGAAACAAGCGAUCUAACGUUUUUGAUUGACGGCAAACCGGUUUAUGUGCACAAGUCCUUGCUCAAAAUAAGGUAACGUUAUCUUCAUUUCUUUGCAUUGGUUAACUAUGUGCGAGCUUCGAGGAGCCUCGAGUGAUGUAGACCGGCAUACACAGACAAGAAGUCAAACGAGUGCGCGCGCGCGAGAGAGAGAAGUUACCCCUACAUGAAAUGAUUAUCAAGGGUGUUGGUCUUGUCAUGACUUCUCAAAAUAACAUCAUUUGGUGAGCAAAACUGAACAAAAACGUAGAUUGAAAAGUCGUACACAUUUAUUUAUCACUUAUUUUUAGAAUGUCAUAAGUAAUGAAGUCAAAACAGAGGUACAUAUUAAGAAAAUCAAAGCUAAAACUGAGUUCCUUUGUUAAAUCAAAACAAACUUUUUUCCUAACAGGUGUGAACACUUUCGGAGCAUGUUCCAGGCGCACUGGGAUGAAGAUGAAAAAAGGUUAAAAGCAGUUUUUAUUUUUCCUAAAUGCGGUUGAAAUGUUUUUAAAUGAAGCAAAUUUGCUGUGGCUCAGAAGUGUUUUUGUUGUGUUUGUAGCGUGAUAGAAAUCACACAAUUCAGCUAUCCUGUGUAUUACGCUUUCUUGGAGUAUCUCUACACUGAUCAGGUUCAUCUGCUGCCUGAAGAUGCCAUCGGUGAGUCAGAUGUCAGAUUUUCGAUAUCUAAAGAGUGUCAAACUAAGGUUCAAGCAGCUAUGAGCGUUUUUCGGUUUUGUUGAUGAACCAAAUCCGAAUAAAUCACAAUGGACAACUGGAACGAAGAGGAAACAUCACAAAGGAGCCAAAGAGAAAUCAGAAGCGUAGGAUUGAGCGGUGAUUGUUUUAAUUUUGCAUCUGAUUGGCUGGCAGGGUGCUGCGAGUUUUCCAGACUUUCUACAUAAUGAAGUGGAGCCUUGAAAACCAAUGCUCCACCGUAAUACUUUUGAAACCCGAUAGAAAUGUUCUUGCAAACCUAUUAGAGUGCAUUUCGAUUUAGUGUCGUAAAUCCAAAACCACAUUUGUCCAACGGCCAUUCAGAAGAAAAGGAAAAUACCUCCAGGAACCAACGAGGACUCAAAAUAAAUUCAAUCGAACUGGCCAAAGCGCGGGAAAACGCGGGUGACUAAGUCGUGAUUGGUUUUAGUUUUGAAUCUGAUUGGUUGAGAGAUUGGCGUGAGUUUUUUACCUAUCAUAGAUUGAAGUAAGGCAAAACCAAUACAAUCCCGCAUUGCUGUUGGCCCCUAAUUAAAGAUGGCUCGAAUGUGUGUUCUUGGACCAGCGUUUACCCUCCCAUGCUUCUUUGUUAACUUAUUUUUUCAGGUCUCUUGGACUUGGCGAAUUCAUAUUGCGAGACACAGUUAAAACAUCAGUGCGAACGGAUUAUCAAACAAGGAAUUACCGUUGAAAAUGCUGCCAUGUUACUUGCAGCAGCCAUCAAAUACGAGGCCUCGGUAAGAAUUUGAUUGGAUAAUCAGUCUAGUAUUCAGUGGUCACGCUCCGACAAUUCCUUUCAGACGUGAAACGAGGACAUCCUCCUCCUUUUCCGCCCAUAAGGAAUUAGGUCGAGCAUAGCCUCCGUUACGAGAUUUUCUGAUAAGCAGUUGGUUAUUUCUCCUGCGUAGCCGUGGUCUGGUCUGGUCAUACGUUCUUGCGCUGCGUGAGGAGACCAUAUAACGGCUAAGCAGUAGAUGGAAUUGACGUCUAAUAACUCAAAGAACUGCGCCGCAAAUAAUUUGACUUGUUCUUUUGAUUAGAGAAAUGUUAAAGUGAUCUUUGCCCUUUCACUCUCGAGAUCUGGUGUCAAUUCUCCGCACUAUUCCCAAUGCGUAUUUAUAAUUUUGGCUCUAGGAUUUUUGUAUUAGAUCAAAAUACAUCCUCUCAUUGAUGUAAUUCUCUCAUCUCCUCACCCUUCUGCUUAAAAACGUAUCGAUAUUCUAGGAGAAAUUUUCUUUGGUCUUUCCAUGAUGAUUCAGAAUGGAGAAAAAUUAACAUUGUGGCGAAGAAUGCUUCUUUUACCGUGAUAACCAACAAACCAUAAUCACAAAUUAACCAAAUGUAAUAUUUUUGUUUUUUGUUUUUAGGAUCUUGAGGAAUUUUGCUUCAAGUUUUGUAUCAAUCACUUGACAGCUGUCACCCAGACUAAAGCCUUUAAUCAUCUUGAUGAGGGAACUGUCAAAGAAUUUAUUAAGAAAGCCGGCAUGUAUGGUGCUUUUAAGUAUUGACACGAAUCUUGUGAAUGAAAAGAAAGAUCCAUUGCUUCCCUGUUGAUUGUAGUUGAUGGAGGUUGGAGACAUCGACCAGUUCGUAUAAUGUAAAGGGGUUACAUUCAGGAGACCCAGUGUUUAUUCAGCAGGCAGCUGUCAUCACUAACGUUGCGGCACAAACUUUUCCUUCGCGCGUGAGAAAGUCAAAAGCUUGGGGUAAAGUGAUUCGGCGAGAGAUCUGCGAGGGAUGAAGCCCCACUGUUAGUGCCAGACCCCUCGCAGUUUCGCUUUGUCCAAGGCCACAAACUUUCUUGAUGUCACAGAGACGAUCGUGCUUCAGCGCUGAUAAAAGCCUGUCUGCACGCUACUCUGUUUCUUCUUCGUACCCACUGUAAGCUUUUCUUUGUUGAAAAUUACCGUUGCAUUUCGUUAAAAAAAAUUAAAUACGGUUUCUGGAUUUCUUCUUCGGAAUUAUUUUUUUCCACUUUUCCAUACGUAGGCUAACCUUUGAAAAGUGAUAAUCGAAAAAUUCCGUCGAGGGGCCGGUGGCCUCGUUACUUUCAACACAGUCUGUGGUCAUUCCUUCAGACGCGAUCUUAUCAUUAAACUUUAUCAAUAUUUUCUUGACGAAACAUUCAGAACUAAGCUUUGUAUGAUAUGUAUCAUAACGUGGAAUGUUUGAUUUAAGAAAAGAAUGAUCUACGAUUUAAGAAAACAGUAUUCGAUGUAUAAUUUCAACGUGUUUAGGGUGCCUGGAUGCGUCAAUAAUUUACUUAUUUAUUAGUAUUUGAAAAUAAUAUAUACAUAUGGAAAGUAACUACAUUAAAGUUCACAUGUGAG